AUGAACAAUAGUGAAGAAAAUAUUAAUUCAAAUAUGGGAAAGAAGAAGUAUGGGAAAAAAACAAUUAAAAAUAAUGAAAAAAUAGGUAAAGAAAAAAUAGAAGAAAAUAAAGACAUGAAUAUAGAUAAAUAUUACAAUAAAAAUUCAGCUGAUAGUUGUAAUGAAAAAAAUAUACUGAAUAAAACAGAAGAUGAAGAAAAUGAAGUAAAAAAAAGUAAGGAAAUACAACAUCAAGAAUCAGAACAAAAGGAAGAAGUAGAAAAAGAGGAGAAAAAAAAAAAAAAUAAAAAAAAAAUGAAUGAAGAAAAUUUAGAAACUGAAAAAAAUUUACUUGCUAAUAAAAAUGAAUAUAUUAAGACAAAAGAAGAAAAAGAAAGAAAUAUGGAAAAUAAUGAAAUGGAAAAAUGUGAUAAAUAUUCAUCAAAUGCUAAAAUUUCUGAAAAAAAUAGGAAAAUGGAAACAGAAAAAAAUGAUACAAUUUUUAGUAAUAAUAAUAGUAAUGAAUGGAGAAAUCAUAAUAAUGAAAAUAUAAAGAAUGGCUUAAUAUAUCAUUCAAAAAAUAAUAAUAUUAAUGAUAUGGAUAAUAAAGAAAAAUAUAAUGAAUUUAAUUCUUCUAAUAAAGAUUCAAGCAAAAAAAGGAGUUCUAACAAAAAUGAAAAUACAAAUGUGGAAAACAAUUAUAAUAGCAUAAAUAAUUAUUCUAAUAAAAAUAAUUUUAAAUAUGAUUAUAAAAAUAAUAAAAAUUAUAAUUUAAAAUCAAAUAAAAAUUAUAAAAUGCCCUUAAUUAAUAAUAACAGUACGAUAAGCUAUGGUGAAUUUAAUCCCAAUGAAACCUUGAUUGAACCUAUUAAUAACAUGUGCAUAUAUAACAAUACACCAAAUUAUAACUAUUUAACUAAUUAUUCCUGCAAUUACCCAUAUAAUUAUUAUGUUGAUGAAAAUGAUAAAAAUAUUGAUGUACCUAAUUACUAUACACCUAAAAUGUAUGGAGAAACAUACAAUGAAAAUAAUUAUGAUAUUAGAUAUAAUUACAAUAUGAUUAAUGAUUUUUAUAAUUAUUUUCCUUUGAACUAUUAUUAUUACAAUUUUAAUAAUCAUUAUUUUGGGAACUCUAAUUUUAAUAAUGGGAAUAAUAUAUAUCAUGAUAAUUUAAAAAAUAGAAAAAAUAAAAAAUUUUUAUAUGAUAAGAAUAAAAAGAAAAAUUUAAAGAAUAUAAAUUCAUCCAAUUUAUAUAAUGAACUUAAAAACAGAGUAAUAGAAAUAUUUAAAAGAGAAAAUAUGAUGUCAGAUGAUUAUUUAUUAUACUACAUGUAUAAUAAUAUAAAAUUAAAUUUUGAUAUAAUAGCCAAACAUCCAUAUAUAUCUCCACUAGUUAAUAAUAAUAUUAAUAUAUUAGCUAGUGUUUUAAAUGAUUUAAAAUAUAUUAACCUGAAUAAAAAGGAGAGUGAAAAUGAAAAAAUGAAUACAGAUAAUAAUAGCACUUUAAAUCCUAAUUGUAAUAUCGAUAACGUUUCAAAUGAUAAAAGUAAUGUAUCAAGUAAUAUAUCAAAAAAAAAUGACGUAAAUAAAAAUGAAAUUAAUGAUGAAGCAAAUUCAAAAGAACAGAAAAACAUAAGAGAAAAUAAAAGCUUCUUAGAAAAUAAAAAUUGCCUAGAAGAAAAAGAAAAUAAUAAUAUUAUAACAAGUGAAACAAUAGAAAAAAAUGAAAAUGACAAAAGAGAAGAUUAUAUUAUCAACCAUGAUAAUAAUAUAAAAGUUCUCAAUUCAGAAGAAACUUCACUAACCCCUGAAAAAAAAAUAAAUAAUUCAGAAUUAAAUGAAUUAUUAAAAGAUUCUAAUGAAUUAAAUAAUAAAAAUAAUAAUAAUUCAAAUAAUGAAAAUGCUAUUAAUGAUAAGGAAUGCAUAAAAGAAAACAAUGAAAAUAAUGUAAAUAUUACAAAAAAUGAGGAAAGUUAUUUGGAAGAAAUAAAUAAAGAAAAACACUUAAAUAAAUCUAAAAACAAUGAAAUUAAAAAUGAUAAAAAGGAUAUCAAUAAUGAAGGUGAUGAUGCUGAAAUAGAAGAUAUUAAAAAAGGAGAUAAUACAAAAGAUGGAAAUAAAGCACGUGAAGAUACUUUUGAUGGAAAUUGCACAAAUAAAGAAAAGAAUAUUAAUAAUGAAAAUGAUUGUGAUCAAAAAAAAAAAAAAGAAGAAUUUGCAAAUAAUGAAGAUAAUUUUACAAAUGAAAAUAAAAAUAAAAAUAGCAGUAAAAGCAAAGGUGUGAGUGAAUUAAUUAAUAAUCCCAAAUUAUCAUUUGAAGAAGAUAAUAAAAACUUUUUAUUAAAUUUAAAUAACAAAAGAAAUAUUAUAAUUAUUAGAGAUAUAAAUUCUCAUCAUAUUAAUAUAAUAAAAAGUAUUGUAUUAAGUUGCCCAAAUAUUCAAUCAAGUGAUGUGUUAAAUAUUAGAAAUGAUAUAAACAAUACUAUAUUUAUUACUUUAAAAAAUGAAAAGAAAACAGAAGUAUUAGCUCAAUAUUUAAAAACCAAAUCAGUAAAUGAUAAGAAAUUAAAUGUUAGAAUAAAAACAACUCAAAAGAUUCAAAAUAUAAUUGAAAAUAAUAUUUUUAAAGGAGGAAACAAUAAUACAGCUAUUAAUAAUAAUAAUAAUAGAAAUAAUAAUAAUAGCAGCAGUAGUACUACUACCACUCCUACUACUACUAAUAAUAAUCAUCUAAGUAUGAUAAAUAGUACUAUACCAUUAGGUGCAAAAUCACCUUUUAAUUUUAAUAAUUUAUACUUUAUUCCAAAUACUUUAAAUAGCUAUGAUAAUAUAUAUGGAAAUAGAAAUAAUAAUAGUAGUACUAAUUUUGAUUCUUAUUUAAAUUAUUAUAAUUACAAUGUUAAUAAUUCUUCAUACAAUUUCUUUUCUAAUAUGAAUUCUUGUGAUUCAUAUAAUGCAUAUAAUAUUUAUAAUAACUCGUAUGGAGCAAAUAAUGAUAUAAAAAAUAAAAAUAUUUAUAAUAAAGGAAUGAAAUAUUCAAGAUUAGAUAAUAUUGUUAGGUAUAACGACAACUUUAAUAAUAUGGGAUAUUACUCUAAUGCAUAUAAUAACCACAAUCAUGCAUAUAAUAUAUAUCAGGAAAAUAGUAAUAAUAAAAAUGAGAAUUUUAUUGAAGAAUCAAAAAAAUAUCAGUUAGAUAAUAUAAAUGACAAAAGAUCUUAUAGUAAUCGAAUGAAUAAAAACCUAAAAGGAGAUAUAGAUAAUAAGAUUAUAACUAAUACUACUGCUACAAGUACUACUAGUAAUAGUACACAUAAAUACAAUAAUAAUAACAGUAAUAAUAAUAAUAAUAAUAAUAAAGAAAAUGAUAAUAAUAACAAUAAUAAUAGUGGUAAUAAUAAUAAUAAUAAUAAUAAAGACAAUGAUAAUAAUAAUAAUAACAAUAAUAAUAGUAACAAUAAUAACAAUAAUAAUAAUAGUAACAAUAAUAAAAAUAACAGUAAUAAUAAUGACAAUAACAAUAACAAUAGUAAUAAUAACAAUAAUAACAGUAAUAAUAAUAAUAAUAGUAGUAACAAUAAUAAAAAUAACAGUAAUAAUAAUAACAGUAAUAACAAUAAUAAUAGUAGCAAUCAUAAUAAUAAUAAUGAUAAUAAUACAGACAAUAAUAAUAAUAAGAAAAAUUUAAUGAAAAUAAAUGAUUUUAAUAAAAAUUCAAAACCAAGAUAUAAUAGAAAAGGGUCCCUAACAAAAUAUGAUACAUUCUCUCUUAAAAUUGAUUCAAAAUCUUUUGAUAAAAAGAAUGGUAAAACAUAUUUCAAUAAGAAAAAUAAUAAAAGUGUAGAUAAAAAAUCAGAUUAUAUAGCUGAAGGAGAUAAAGAAAAAAAGAAAAAAAAUGAAGGAAAAAAGAAAGAAGAUUUAUCGUCAGAAGAGUUUAGUGAUAUAAAUAAAUUAAAAGAAGAGGAAAACAAAAAAAUAAAUUCAAAUGUAAAAAGUGAAGAGAAAAAUAGUGAAAUAGAUCAACAAAAGAAUAAAGAGAAUGAAAAUAAUAAUGAAAAUCAAGAAAAUGAAAAGAAAAAAACAUAUAAAAUAGAGAAAAAAAGUAAAAAAGAAGCAUACAAUCGAAACGAUUAUUUUUUUAAUAACGAUUCAAAAGAAUAUUCAAAAAAUAAUAAUCGAAAUAUACCUAGAAAAAGUUAUAAUAAUAAAUAUUAUUUAAAUAAAGAAAAAAAUUCAGCGAACUAUGAAGAAAAAAGAUCAUUUAAAAAUAAAAAUAAGAUAGAUGACAACAAUAACAUUAGUAGUAACACAAAUGUAAAUGCUCAAAAUUUAAAGAAGUAUUCUUAUAUUGAUAUAAUGGAUUCCUGUAAAAAAUUAACGAACGUAGAAGCUCCUGAAUGUAUAGAAAAGUUAAUAAAAGAUAAUGUCUCCCUUUUUAGAAAACAUGAUGAUCAAUUUUUCUGGAAAUUAAACGUCUUCUAA